ACGCUUUGACAGCUAAUCGUUCUGUUUUGUUGGUAAACAAAGCCCAAGCCCUUUGGGAGUGCUCGCAUACGCGAUCAUGGCCGAUUUGCGUCUGUUUUCGCGUAGCUUUAUUACCGAAUUUAUAAGACUGUACAAAAGCUUUCCCUGCCUGUGGAAGGUAGGCUCGCGGGAGUACUCGGAUCGUGCGAAAAGGGAGCAAGCGUACGAUGCACUGGUCGCCAAGUACCGGGAGGUGGACCGGAUGGCAACGCGGGACGAGGUGAAGAAGAAGCUGUACGGUCUUCGGUCGAGCUAUCGGCGCGAGAUGGCCAAGCUGAAAAACUCGAUCCGCACCGGUACCACCCUGGACGAUGUGUACAAGCCGACGCUGUGGUACUUCUAUCUGUUUGACUUUCUGUCCGAGCACGAGACGCUGAAGGAACCGACGAGCACUACCGACGACUAUCAGGAUGUGUUGAAGGAUGAGGAACAGGAAUACGACGACAGUGAGGAAGCUCUGGAGCAAGGCGAAGAGACGCCCCACUAUCAUGACGAUGCUGGGAACGAUCUUGACGAGAUUGAGCCUGGGGAGGAUGAUAUUAUCGCGGAAGGCGAUGAUCCCUUUAGCUCCGAUACGCCUGCCCGCUACACAUCACCCGCACCGGAUCGACCCGAACCCUCCGUACCGGGUGCAUCAUCGUCCUCCAAAAGGGUAAAUCGGUCCCCGUCGAAAAAGCGUAAACUACCCACAACCCCCCCUGCCGAACGGAUCGAGUAUUUGGAGCGGAUCGAACCAAUCGAUCAUGCCGACGCGACGCUACAACCACCGUCCGACCACCCAGAGGAUCAGUUCGAUGUGUACGGGAAGCUGAUCGCGCACAAGCUGCGCUCGUUCAACCGGCUGCAGGCCACCUUUUCCCAGCGGCUCAUCAACGAGGUGCUGUUCGAGGGCGAGAUGGGAUUUUUGAAUAGGAAUUGUAAAAUUGUCGAUAUGGGCAGUCCGUGAGUCUGGAGGGAGAGAGCGAGAGAGCAGAAGAAAGUGGAGUACUGCAUCGUUAGAUAGAAUAUUAAGCACAGUGCGAGUCGAGGGAGCUUGAGGAGUUAAUCGAACACAAAAUAUGUCUUUGUGGCGUAUUUUUAAAUUAUUAUUAGUUACCUGCGCCCUUUUAUUACAUUCUGUAUCUGUGAGUGAUGUAUCUUUUAUCUUAUCUUUUAACCAUAUAAAACGGCCCGCUAGUUAAAGAAAUUAGUGUUCUCAGGUCGCGGAGAUCAAAAAUAGAUUAAAUUAUCAUGAAAAAAUCACGCGAAGCAAACGAACACAGAAAUGCGUGAGCUUUUUUGUAUAUAAAAUUUAUUAAGAAACUGA